AUUCAUUGAGGGGGAAACAGUGGCUGAGCGUCACAGUGGGAAACAACAGGGUUGGACCAAUGGAGAUGCACAUUGUGCUGUAAGACAGCACUUAUUGUAAAAAAUAUUGUUUCUAUACUUAGCACGAUCCAGCGCUCAUUGUGAACAUUUUGACAUGUCCCAGCAGGAAAGCCACAGGUGUAAAUCAUAAAGUUAACAAUGCUGCUGUUGUUCUUGCUGGCUCACUGUCACACUGCCUUCAUUAACCAGCUGAAUAAAACAGAGCUAUCAUCAGUGUCCAUAGUAGCACCUGUGCCCUUCAUACUGUAGCAGGUCAAAAUGUCAGCUAUAAAAAAAAAAAAAACUUUAUUUGUGAGAGUGUUAAUUUAUUUGUUUUAACAGUUACAGUGGACGGAGCCACCAGGAAGUUUUUCUAUUCUGGGUGUGCUUGAUCAACCAUUCUCUAAGCCAGCCUGAUAAAAGAUGUCAUAAUAUGCCUAUAAAAGGCUUUUGGCACAGAUGGGAGUUAGUGCAGUCAGCUGUAACCUCUGUUCAUCCAAAAUUAGCAAUAGGCUUGAAUUCAAGAUCUGAAACAUUAAACAUAUUAAAUGACUGCAUUGUCCUUAAAAUUUGGCUUUGAUCACAGUUGAGAUGUUGUUAAAGCCCCUAGAACACAAGUGUUCUCACUUCUUUUGGUUCAUUAGAUCACCUCUCAGGAUGGUGCAGACACUCUGACAUGGACUGAAUGGAACAGAAUCAUCAUUAAUGCUAUUUUUCAUGCCUGUGCACUUUUCUUCACUGACACUGUCACACUCCUGUUCUGUUUUUUUUUUUUAUAGCUUCUACAGUGGGACUACUUCAUGGCUUUUGGCAGCCUCACAUUCAAUUCCCAGCCGAACUAUAACCCUGAAAAGAGUUGGCUGUGCUGGUGACGGCUACUGCUGCUGGUUACUGGCUUUUCAAACAUGGUAAUGGUUUGGACACUUGUACAGGGAGAAAGAUAAGAAUUUGCAUAAUAUGCCUGAGAUGGUAUGAGGCUGACUCCACACAGCAGGACAGCUUUUCAGAGGGAUUAAAUGCACCGUGGGGACAUAGUGCACUUUUCGUCAUGAUUGCCCACAUAACAUAUCAAGGCCUGAUCUGCCUGGUUAUCGUUGUGAUGGCAGGAGCUGAGGUGCAGGAAAGCUUCUCUCCUGAGUGUAAACAGUUCCUGUACAUGGGCACACAGCCUCGAGGGCUCGAGGAGCAGCCGUUCAAGAAGAUUUGCCAGUUCUAUGAGGGAAAACCUCGAUUUGUGACUCUGUAUGACACCUUCAACCACAUCCCUGUUUAUUCUGCGUACAUUUUCAAGCGCUCAGACGGCUCCAAGAAAGUAGAUGUGCCUUGGAUGUAUGAGCCACAGCUGUCCACAGUGUCUGGCCCCAGAGACAUGCAGCAGUUCCCUUCUGAAAACAUUCAUAAGAGUUUUGAAGAUGCACAGGCCGUCCUCGACGACUACUCUAACACUGUCAUCUUCGAGCGUGGACAGCUGAAUCCAGACGAGCACCAGGCCCAUCCCGACGACAAGGCAGCCACCUACACUCUGACAAAUGUGGUCCCUCAGGUGCGAGAGUUCAACAUUGGUCCCUGGAAAACGCACGAGCACACCAUCCGCAGGCGGCUCAACAACUACUGCCGAGGCAGCGCCUAUGUGGUCACCGGGAUCACCACCUCGGGUCACACAAUCCGCCGCCAGAACAUCAACCGCCUGGGCAUCCCCACCUACUUCUGGUCGGCCUACUGUUGUAUUGAUUUUGACCACAAUGCACCGUACUCUGAGCGCUCCAAGUUGCCAACGUUUGCAGCUUACGGGCUCAACGACAGCGAGAAUAAUAGGGUUCAGGAGAUGACGGUGCAGCAGCUGGAGGACUUCCUGAAGAAGGUCACUUAUGUUGAAAGCUCUUUCCAGAUCUUCUAUGACAACUGUGUGCCUCCUAAUAGUGCCAACAGUGCCCUGCACCUGCCUUGAAAACAUGAGGAUGGUCCAUCAGAUUUAGUAUAGCUUCAUAUUUACAUCACUGUCAGUAGGAUGCAACAUUUAGCAGCUGAUUAAGAAUGAAUCAUUUCAUAAUAUCAUAUAAUAAUAUUCAUUUAAACUGAUCUAUUAAAUAAAAAGAGUGGUUCACAUAGCUUUGAUUUCUAUUAUACAAUUAAGUUUUGCAGGUAAUUGCUCUGUGGGUUUCAGAUUUAGGAAAUAAUUUCAUUUUGCUUGGGCCUGACAUGUUCUUCUCACCACUAGCACCCUGAUUUGCUUAAUAACUAGACUAAUCUUUACUUAUAUUACCCAUUACUUACUCUGUAGAUUUUGUUGAAAAAGAAAAAUACGCAGUAGAACAGGAUAAUCUCACUUACUGGCUUUUCAGAGAUGCAUUUCUACUGAAGAAGACCUGAAGAUGAUGUAGCUGAAAGCUCUGAAAAGCUACUAAGUGGAGCUUUGAGCUUAGGUUUUGUGACAUACAAAAUGUACGGUCCCCAAUGUUGGCAUAUGAAAUAAAAAUCUCAAGUAAUAUCUGAAACUUUACUAGUUCUCCAUAUAUUUUCCUUGGUUAUAAUUUCAAUUGUGUUGGAUUAGAUGGGAGAAGCUUAACAAGCUUUUGUUGUGCAUACGCUCACUAUGAUAAACCCACAGCAUACGGGGCUGUACUCUUCAUUCACUUUAUCUUAUCCUUUUCAUGACUGGGAACUACACCUGCCUGUGUAAGCCUUUUGUUCAGCACAGACAGAUUAGACCAAGAGUUUUACAUUUUCACAUCCAGCCUCUUAAGCUGCAGCAUUACUCUGCUCCUCUCUUUGUAAGACUCAAGACAAAUUCAGCAAAAACCGAGACAAUAUCCCCAUUUCAUUUAGGGAGUUUUUUCCCUAUAAAUGACAAGGCUAUUAACAUUAUGCAUAUUUUACUUAUUUGUUUUACUUCUAGAUGUGAUAAUGUGUUUCUUGAUCAGAAUAAAAAGCAGUAAUGAAGUGGGUUCUG